CUCCCCCCACUUCUGCCCCAACAUCGCCUGAGUGGGCAGACAGCAGUGAAUUCCAAGAAAGAGAGGCAGGCAGUGUCAUUCGUGAGUGGAUUUGGGCAGAUUGAGGGGAACGGAUUCCCUCCCCUCCCUCCCCAUUCCAUUUGGACGCCAUUGCCAAGGCCCAGAGGAAAGGGGAACGCCAUGGAGUUUGGGGUCAUGAUGCAGCUGCUGCUCGUGGGGGCGCUACUGAGGACAACUCAGGGACAGAGAGAGGAGUUAACUUCCGAGGAGGAAAGAAAAGCUCUGAUGCUCAAGCAUCUGCAGGAGGUCCUGGAGCUGUCAGAAGUGACUGAGGAGGAGGCUGCCCAGGAGGUCAUCUUGACGGAGAUAGGGGGCUCAGAUGGCAAGGAGGUCCUGGCAGAAGAGGUGGAAGAAGAAGUCUCUCCCCAUCCCACCCCGUUGACCCUGACGACAGCAUCCCCAGCUCAAGGGGAAGAGGAGGAGGAUGGCUUCACCUACGUGUUCUCACGGCUGAACAGCUUGGAUGCGGCCGUGCACCGCCUCAACGUGCAGUUCUACCACAUGGACGUGAGGGUGGCUCAGUUCUCCCAGGGCCUAGCUGAACUGAAAGGGGGCCUAAAUGAAGUUCGUGAGACUCUUACCAGCCUGAACGAAGUUGCAACCCACAACCAGAAAGAACUUGGACGAAUUGAUGGUUGCUUGCGCGGCCGGCGCACCCAGACCAAAUGUUUCCUGAUCUUCAAGCACUUUGAAGUCUACGACGGUGCACAAAAGCUUUGUGCGGCCCGGGGAGGAAACCUGGCCAUGCCAGCCGAUGCCACGGAGCUGGCCGUUUUGCGCCGCUACCUCCACGAUGCUUUCCAGCCCUACAACUGGCCAGCCUGGGUGGGCAUCCAUGACCGGCGUUCAGAAGGGCUGUGGCUCUUUGAGAGCGGGCAGCGCGUCUCCAUCUUCGAUUGGUACCGCGACCACUUAGUGACUCAACCGAACGGAAACACUCGUGAGAACUGCGUCUCCCUCAGUUCCGACGAUGGGAAAUGGUGGGACAAUGACUGUGAGCGGCGCAUGUACUACAUCUGCGAGUAUCGCCUCUAGGGGGCGCCCCUUCCCAAGCUCAGCCCCUUCCCUUAUGUGCAUGAUUGUGUUGGCAUCCUUCCACUUACAGUGCCACUAUAUAUGCAGCUCGUAUACAGUUUGCUGGAAGGGGCUACAGCCUCUGGGAGGCAAUGCUCCUCCCCUUCCUUUGCGCACGUGCAUUUCUACUCUCCCCCCAACACGACUGCUGGUGGCCCCUUGUAGUAUUUUCUUAGCCAAAGCAUUACACUUAUUUAGAAGCCCCUCCCCACCCUUAAAGAACGAAUUAUAUCUGGCUCUUCUCAAACAGGAGGCAAUGUCUAUGGCCUGGUAACAAAUAGCAGGUCAGUUCUGCAAAAGGCCAAUAGCAAGUCAGUUCUGUAAAAGACUUGCCUUUCCUAUUCCAUGGUGAUCUUUGCAGCUGUUCAGCUGAAUCUCUUUGGAGCUGCAUUGUCCGAAGGGGUCCGGUGUGCAAUAGACUCCAAAGCCUCAAAAGCUGUCCUUGCGUGGAAAGUGUAGUGAUCGGAUCCAUCCCAUACUGAUCACCAGGUUCCAUCUUCAGACCACCCGGUUCCACAUAGAGAGGGGCUACUGUGUUAGGACAAUACACACCAAUUAUCUGACUCCUCCCAGGGUAUUGACAGAAACAGACAUUAUGAGGGAGAUCCUUGAUCAGACCUCCUACUGUUUCUUUUUUUAACUUCAAAGCAGCUGUAGGGGCCUCCGAUUUGAUCAGAAGAACAGUACUGGGGAGUCGUGCCUAACACCGCCCCCCCCCCGCCAUUUUUUUCUGAUUGAAAUUUCAUCUCCAGAGCUGAAGGAAAAUGCAGGCACAAAGUGAUUGCUUUGAAGAAAAUCUAAAUAAAUAAAAAAGAACAGAGAUCCAAUAAUGGAUCUCCCAUGUCACAUGCUUCAGCCUUAAGAUUAUGGAAAGUCUGGAAUUUAAAUACAGCCCUUUUCAAUUUAGAGUCCCCUUUCAAAUUCUGCCCAGUUGGAAAAGAAUGCUGGACAUCUUUCUUCUAAAAAUAAAAUGGCUUUAAAAAAAAUAGUUCUAAGGACAGCAUGUUCAAUGUCCCCUUUAGGGAAACAAACCAUGUGCCUUCCACUAUGCCCCCCCCCCACAUGUGCUUUCUAAUUCUCUUUCUCAGCUGACCAUGCUUCCCCCCCGCCCCACACCCUUGAGACAAAGUUCAUCCUAUUAUGCCUUGAGUUGCUGGCCAAUAUGGAUCAGUUUGAUUUAUCUUCUCACACAGCUAAAUAAAGUUUACUCCUACUUA